AUGGUUACUAGCGCAUAUACAGACGAUACGGCGCCGCAUCAGCCCAUAUUCGACUUCGUUGCAAUGAAAAAGAUUGAGGAAGAAGAGCGCAAGGAACGUGCGGCUAAAGAAGCGCCUGUGGAAGCGGAGGAUGUGAAAGCAACGGGCGAGAAGAUUUCAAAGCUUGACUCGCUUUUGGAGAAAGCCAGUCUUUACUCAAGUUUUUUAUUUUCCAACAUGGAAAGCGCUGCCACCCUCGAUGAUGACUUAAAGUCGGAGGACGAACAAGAGCAACUCACAAAUGGCAAGCGCAAACGCGGCCGGAAGACGACAAAGAAGUCUAACAAAACUAGAAAGGGUGUUGAUAAAUUGCUCGAGGUGCAAGGUGACACGUCUUUUGAUACACGUCAGCAGCCCAAGAAGGCAAAAUUUGAGCAGCCUCGACUUCUCACGGGUGGUAUACUACGUGAUUACCAGUUAGAGGGCAUUCGAUGGCUCUGCAACUUAUUUGAAAACGGUUUGAAUGGAAUUCUUGCAGAUGAAAUGGGUUUAGGUAAGACAAUUCAAGUUAUCGGUCUCUUGGCUCAUCUUAAAGCGCUUGGAGUACGAGGUCCGCACCUCAUCGUCGCUCCCUUGUCGACACUAAUGAACUGGGCAACAGAGUUUCGCAAAUGGGCUCCUAGCAUGCCAGUGAUCAUUUAUCACGGCACGAAACCUGAUCGAAAAGAAAUGCGUAGCCAUGUGUUGAACCGCUUGAGAAAGAAUGACGUUGACUUUCCUGUGGUCAUAUCAUCAUAUGAAGUUAUGAUGUCUGAUGCGAAAUCAUUUGCUUCCUCGGGAUUCGUGUGGAAGUACAUGGUUAUCGAUGAAGGCCAUCGAUUGAAGAAUAUGGAUUGCAAACUAGUUCGUGAGCUUAAACGAGGACGUUCCGAGAAUAGGUUGUUGUUGACUGGUACGCCGCUGCAGAACAAUCUGACAGAGUUAUGGUCGUUACUGAAUUUCAUUCUUCCUGAUGUCUUCGAUGAUCUCGAGCUAUUUGAGAGCUGGUUUUCAUUCACUCCUGAUGCUGCUGCCACAGCUGCAGCAGCAGGUGAGUCAGUAGCUGCACAAGAUGUCUUACAGGGUGAAAAAAAGGUCGAAGUCAUUGCUAAAUUACAUGAAAUUCUUCGUCCUUUUCUUCUUCGUCGGCUCAAGGCAGAUGUUGUGAAGGAAAUGGUCUCAAAGACAGAGAUUUUCGUUUACUGCUCCAUGACUGCGAUGCAAAGAGAGUAUUACGAUAUGAUUCGCAACAAUACGCUCGCGAAGGCAAUGGAGAAAAAGUAUGGCAAAUUUCAGACCCAAAAGAGAUUUAAUACGACAACCUUGCGAAAUAAAAUGAUUCAAAUGCGGAAGUGCUGUUUACACCCCUAUCUGUUUGAUGAGCCUUUGACGGCUAGUGGAGAUGUUGUGACCGACGAAAAGAUCGUGGAAGCUUCGGGAAAGUUAAAUAUUCUGGAUAGAAUGUUGUGGCAGCUCAAGCGCAAGGGUCACAAAGUCCUUAUCUUCAGCCAGAUGACACGGAUGCUUGACAUAUUAGAAGACUACCUUUGCAUGCGCGAAUACAGCUACUGCAGGCUUGAUGGAAGCACGAAAUUGAUGGAUCGUGUGGAUCAAAUGGAAAAAUUUAACAAGGUUUCUGCUGGAUCGGUCGCAGAAAACGAGGAUGACAACAUAUUUGUUUUCAUGCUGUCGACACGCGCUGGUGGCCUUGGAAUUAAUUUAAUUGCAGCUGACACAGUCAUUUUUUACGACUCAGAUUGGAAUCCACAGCAGGACAAUCAAGCCAUGGAUCGUUGUCACCGAAUUGGUCAAAAGAACGAGAUCAUCGUCUAUCGUCUUGUGACUGAAAACUCUUUCGAAGACCGCAUGACUCAGCGCGCUUUCGAAAAACGAAAAUUAGAGCGCGUCGUUAUUCAGCGCGGAGGAUUCAAGCAGCGAACGACGCCAGAUGAGAGCGCCAAACUUACAAAUGCAGAGUUGGAGGAGCUGUUAAAGGAUGACGUUGAAAUUCGUCAGGGCGUCGAAAGCGGUGGCAUUGCAGAUGAGGAAUUACAUCAAAUUUUGGACCGAAAUCUGGUUGUCAAGAGUUUUGUGAAACGCGAUAAGGACAACGCUGUGAUUUCACCGAAAGGUAAAGGGUAUGAAGUGGUUAGCAACACGCCCACAUCCAUGGAAAGCUUUGCAUAA